CUCGUUUGCGAAAGAGUUCUCAGAGGAGCAUAACAAGGCUUAGACAUGGGCAGUACUCAUAGUCGGCUACGUAUGUAUACUCGUUGCCAUCCAGGUUGAUCACAAUACGAUUCCCCUCAGUCACCUCACUAAGGCGUCUUUGGUUCGCGAGUCAUGAGCGUCAACCGGCCUCCUUACAUGUUGCGGCUCCCUCAGCAUCCUUUCGUCCUUCACCAUUUUGAGGUUUUGGCUUGCCUGCCGCCGUCGCUUCGAUCUGGCAUCAGAAUGCUCAGCACAGACCAAUCGCUCAUAGCCCUAUAUGUGUAUCUAGCAGUUCAAUUUCGAGUUACAUUCACUUGAAUGAAGCAACGCGAGUACUGUCAUAGGUCUCAGAACGGGACCGCGUCUUCAUCAUCC